UCAGCCAGGAAACAACACUUGCCAGGCAUAGUACCUUUUCACUUUUUGUCAUUCUGUUUGCUCCGAGGUAGACAGUGUUUUGAGGAACAACGGAAAUAAACCAGGAAGACGAGAAACGACAAUAAACGACCCUCUCUCACCUCUGCCAUAAUGAUGUCCAUGAAUAGCAAACAGCCUUUUAGUAUGCAUCCGAUUUUACACGAGCCUAAAUACACACCGCUACAUUCCAGCUCGGAGGCCAUCCGGAGAGCAUGUCUGCCAACGCCCUCGCUGCAGGGUAAUAUCUUUGCCGGCUUUGAUGAGACCCUGCUCCAGAGAGCCGAGGCGCUGGCGGCGGUGGACAUCGUCGCCCAAAAGAGCCAUCCGUUCAAGCCAGACGCCACUUACCACACCAUGACCACCAUGACGAGCAUGACCUGCACGCCCACGUCCUCUACCGGGCACCUUCAUCACCCAUCUGUGCUUACAUCUCACCACCAUCAUCACCACCACCACCAGCCGACGCAGGGCCUGGAGGGCGACCUGCUCGACCACCUCACCCCCGGCAUUUCCCUCGGGGGCAUGCCAGGCUCCGAUGUUUGCUCCUCCGCUUCUCACCCGCACUCGCACAUGUCAGCAAUUAACCACAUGCAGCACCAUCACCCGCAAAGUAUGAACAUGCACCCGCACGGCCUGGGCUCCCACACCUCUCUGGGCAUGGGUGGAGACCCCGAGCCUGAUCCCAGGGAGCUGGAGUCUUUCGCCGAGCGCUUCAAGCAGAGGCGGAUCAAACUCGGGGUCACGCAGGCCGACGUGGGCUCGGCUUUAGCCAAUCUGAAAAUCCCUGGGGUCGGCUGCCUGAGUCAGAGUACUAUCUGUCGGUUCGAGUCCCUCACUUUGUCUCACAAUAACAUGGUGGCCCUCAAACCCAUCCUCGAAGCGUGGUUAGAGGAGGCGGAAAGGGCUCAGAGAGAUAAAAUGACCAAGCCAGAGAUUUUCAACGGUGGGGACAAAAAGAGAAAACGCACUUCAAUCGCCGCUCCCGAGAAGCGCUCUCUGGAGGCUUACUUUGCCGUCCAGCCCAGACCCUCGUCGGAGAAAAUAGCUGCCAUUGCCGAGAAACUGGAUCUGAAAAAAAAUGUAGUCCGGGUGUGGUUUUGCAAUCAAAGGCAAAAGCAGAAAAGGAUGAAGUUUUCAGCCACGCACUAGACCAGUAUAAUGAACUUCAAUAAGUGAAAUCAUCAAGACAUAUGACCGAAUAGACAAUACCGACAAAUCUCUUCGGAGACGAAAUGCUUCCUAGAUAGGAAUGGAAGCUGCGCGUGAACAUCCCAGAGACCGAAAGUGUACCAAAAGUUUGUCAUGACAACAUAUCAAGAGUAACAGUAAAAGGAGAAGACAUGACAACACACGCUCUGGAAAAUCAUCAACUAAACGUUGCAAUUAUUGUACAAAACGAGAAGUGAAUAAUAAAGAUUAUUCUCUUAACUCAAAGUAACUCUUUUAUAUUCAUCUGUGUACAUAUCUGUGAAUACACUGCACCUCUUUGUGUGAAGAACGCAUCAAAAUUCAGUUUUUUAAGGAUAAAAAGAAAGAUAAAAAAAACACUGUUGUGCAAAAGAUUUCCCAAACCUUAGUGUUAUUCUAUAUGCUCCAAAAGAAAAUCAUGACGGUUCUGCUGUGAUCCAUUGCAUGGUUUACAAUGCGUUAAGUGUUCAUUUAAAGUUUUACAUUUUCAUUCGUUUUGAUGUAUUGCAAUAAGAGAACCCGCACAGGCGAAUUCACAUACGCACGGACAUACUUAUAUACUUUUCUGUGUCUACCUCAUGUCUCCUGACGUCUUGACACAUCCAUGGUCAUUUUGGACUUUUAUAGUUUUUAUUAUGACACAUUUUUUGGUCAAAUUAGAUAGAAAGCACAUAGUGUUUCUCAACUAAUUUCACUUCAACGAUGCUUUGACAAUCAAAUUAUUUAGAAUAAUUAUGUUGUAAAGUAGCCCCUCUAUUGUAUGUAUUUAUGUUAUUAUUAUUAUUAUUAUUAUUAUUAUUAUUAUUAUUACUAUUACUACACUAAGUUUGUAAAUGGGAACAUUUCAUUGCAUACUCAGAGAUUCAUUGCACUUUGUAGAUAUGAUACCGAUUGCGAUUUGUUAUUUGUUUGGCCUAUUUAUAUUUCUACUGACUUUGAUGAUUUUUGUUGUUUACUUAUUUAUUUGA